GCCCUGAAUGGAUUGUCAUUCGAUAGCACAACAUGUGAUUUAGAUCCUAACAGCACAUUUAACGGCAAUGUUUACGGUACGCCAAUGAAGUAAACAACAAUCUGCAACGCAAAAAUCACUAACCAAAAUCAAAUAUGAAGGAGAAAUGCAGAGCUUGCUUGCUGGAGUACCAAAAUAUGGUCAAUAUUUUUAAGCCAAGUGUGGAGCUUGAGAUUUCCCUGGCCGAUAUGAUUUCACAGUCCACCGGCUUUCCAGUUCACAAGGGAGACCCAUUUCCCGAUUUCAUUUGCCUACUUUGCCUCAAGGAUACGCAAAAUGCAUAUAGAACUCGACAAGCUUACGAGCCGGACUAUGACUUAACCUGCCAAGUCAAGGAGGAAAUCAUAGAUGAUUCACUAGGGGAAGCAGAGUAUAAUAAAUCUAAAGGAUCACAAUAUAGCGAGGAAACGGACCAUUUCGUUUGCCUAGUAAAGAACGAGCCUUUAGAAGAAGACUUCCUAGAUAAAGACAUCUUUUUAACAGCACCUUACCAAAUAGGGGAUCAAAAUGAAGAUCUGAGUUACGAAAAAAACAAAAAGGUUAAAGCUUCUUCCGAUGAGGCACUUUCUCUCAAUAGUCCUUAUUGUGCUGAGACAUUUCGGAGCAAGUAUUUUCUAAAUCUCCACAAACAUCUUCACAUGAAGAAACAGAAAUACUCAUGUAUCCACUGUCCGAAGACUUUUCUUCUUCCGGAUGCCCUCCUAGAUCACAUGCACACCCACAAUGCUUUAUUCGAAGAAGAAGUCUGUCAGAUGUCAAACAAUGAAAAUGAUCAAUUUGAUGAGAUUAAAGUGGAUAUAUUUGAAGCUGAUGAUAAAUACAAUUCGGAUGGCGAACCAGAUAUCACCGACUAUUCUAAUUUAUUAAGAUGCCCUCGUUGUCCAAAGAUGUGCAAGCGCACUCAGGACCUAAAAGCCCACCAAAGAAAUCAUUUUGAGCAGCCGCAAAAGUGUCCCCACUGCCCCAAAUCUUUUGGUAUUAUAUCAACUUUUAACAGGCACUUGCGGGUUCAUAAAAAAGAAAAAUCGGUUAUGUGCUCUUUUUGUCCAAAGGCUUACAAGAAUCAGGCCCAGCUCAAGGAACACAACCGAACUCACACGGGAGAACGGCCGUUUCAGUGUCCCGAGUGCCCACAGACAUUUACGUAUAAUUCCGUGCUAAAAAAACAUAUACGUACCCACACUGAGGAAAGGCCGUACACUUGCACCGAAUGUAAAAAAUCUUACCUACAACUAGAUCAUCUUAAGCAACAUGUUCUAGAGCACCAUUCAGAAAACGCAGGGGGUCGACCGCACAAGUGUGGCAAGUGCUCAAAGACCUACAAGUGUGCGAGAUCCCUUCGGAGGCACAUACUGAUUCACAAAAGUGACAAAAAGUCCACAUGUACUCACUUCUCAGAGUGACUAUUUUUACACACAAACACCAAAUUUAUUAUAUGGCACAAAUGCCUCCUGAUGAACACCUUGGAAACUUACACGGAGAAAGCCAUUUAGCUGUGAACAUCUAUUAUUUUUAAGAGCAGACUAUCUCGAGAAGCAUGGCUUUAUCAUCGUUGGUUUCCAUCAUUGGAAACAGAAUAAUCAGUUAAUCAGUCGGAGUAUCAGGGAUUACAAUAAAGAAGAGAAUCUUAAGACUUUUGAAAUCCUUUAAAAAUCAAGCUGGGCUUGUAAUGCUUAUUGACCAAUGAUUGGUAAACAAAUAUGUAAAAAUUUUUAAAAAUGCGUUUUAUAUUUGAAUUUAAGAACCAAAUGUAAUGUUAUAUGUAAUGUUCAUCUUCUUAAGUAAUAAACUAUAACUACAAGGCUUAGUGGCUUGAGAUCAACCGAAA